AAUAUCAUAUCACUCUCACUCUCACGCUCCUUACAUCAUCAUCAUUAUUAUUAUUAUUUCAAUGGUGUUCUCUUUAGUCUCAUGUGUAUAUAUAUUCGUGCUUCGGUGUCUGUAUGUGACAGUGCAACUGUAAGAACCAACGCAUAAUUAAAUUGGUGCUACUACUUUUCACAUAUUUCCUGCAUAUGAUGGGUUCUUCGUAUUCCUUCCUUUUCCUUUUCUCAUUUCUCUUCUCCUUGUUCUGCUCUUCUUCUUAUUAUUGCAUUGCUGCAUCUUCUUUAUACACUAGUAGCCGGAAGUUGCUGCUGCUUGACAAUGACCCUCUUCCUCUCACUCCUCCUAUGGGGUGGAACAGUUGGAAUCACUUUCACUGCCAGAUUAAUGAGACCGUUAUUAAAGAAACGGCUGACGCUUUAGUCUCAACUGGGCUUGCUAAGCUUGGAUACCUCUAUGUCAAUAUAGAUGACUGUUGGGGUGAAUCAAAACGUGACCGCCAGGGAAAUCUUGAAGCCAACAAGACUACAUUCCCUUCUGGUAUUAAAGCUGUAGCAGAUUAUGUUCAUAGCAAGGGUCUCAAGUUAGGAAUCUACGCAGAUGCAGGGCUCAGAACUUGUACGGGAAGGGUGCCAGGCUCACUUGGGCAUGAAGAGCAAGAUGCCGCCACAUUUGCUUCAUGGGGAAUUGACUACCUCAAGUAUGACAAUUGUUAUAACAAUGAUACUAAACCAACUGUCAGAUACAAAGUAAUGUCGGAUGCUCUAAAGAAGACGGGGCGCUCCAUCUUUUUCUCUCUGUGUGAAUGGGGAGACAUGAGCCCAGCACUAUGGGGAGGAGAUAUCGGUAAUAGCUGGAGAACAACAGAUGACAUAUCGGACUCAUGGGAGAGUAUGCUGAAGAUAGCUGACAUGAACCAAGUGUAUGCUGAUUAUGCUAAGCCUGGUGGCUGGAAUGACCCAGACAUGCUAGAAGUGGGGAAUGGAGGAAUGAAGUACAGUGAAUACGUGGUGCAUUUUAGCAUUUGGGCCAUCUCUAAGGCACCACUUCUUCUAGGAUGUGAUGUUCGAUCGAUGACGGAUGAAACUAUGCAGAUCAUAAGUAACGAGGAGGUAAUAGGCAUAAAUCAAGAUUCCCUGGGGGUUCAAGCCAAAAAGGUUAGAAUGGAAGGAGAGCGAGAUAUAUGGGCAGGACCUCUUUCUGGGAAUAGAAUAGUGAUUCUGUUAGUAAACAGAAAGAAAUAUAAAUCCACAAUGACCGCACAUUGGGACGAUAUUGGCAUCACCCCAAACCAUACACUUGUUGAAGCAAGAGAUGUUUGGGAGCAGCAUCAAACCCUCACAACGCAGUUUCAAGAUAAGUUAACAACAGAUGUGGAUCCUCGUGCAUGCAAGCUCUAUGUCUUAACUCCAAUCUCACAAUAACUAGAAAACAAAAUACUACUACUAAUGUGUGUACGCUCAAAGCAUUUGUAAUAGAACUUAAUGAAUAUUUACUGCCAUUUUCAAGGUCCAA